UCUUCCUCUUCUCCUCCACAGAAGAAAAGGCAGGCAACUGGCAAGUCCCCACAUCCUCUUCCCCUAUCAAUCAAUCUGUCAAUCAUUCAAAUCAGUCUCUCUGGUUUCUUGAUUUUCAUCCAAAAGGGCUUAUGAGAUUGUAAUCAAUCGGCGGAUUUGGCGAGAAAUUAGACAUGGGCAUGAAGUUCUUGAACCGGCUGCAGAUCCUGCCAUGGUGCUUCCACCUAAUCCGCACCCACCACGCGGCGGCGGCGGAGGCGGAGGCGCUGCCGCCGUCGGACCCCAUCAAGCUCAUCAAGUCGGACGGCCAGGUGAGCGUGUACCACCGGCCGGUCCACGUGUCGGAGCUGAUGUCGGAGUUCCCGAAGCACCUCAUCUGCCACUCCGACUCCUUCUACAUCGGACAGAAGAUCCCGGCCCUGUCGGAGAACGACCAGCUCCAGCUCGGCCAGAAGUACUUCGUCCUCCCCAGCCACUUCUUCCAGUCCGUCCUCUCCUUCGUCACCAUCGCCUCCUUCGUCUCCUCCCAGCCCUCCGCCGCCCCACUCUCCGGCGCGGCCAAGAAGGCCGCCGCCCAGCACCAGCUCUUCGACGUCCAGAGGACGCCGUCGGGGGGACUGAGGAUCCGGGUCUCCGACGAGUUCAUCUCGCAGCUCAUGAAGGAAGGGAGGAACGCUGCCGCCGCGGCGGAGCGACGGCGGGAGGCCGAAGAUGAGUAUGAGGGCGCAGUGGCGACGCGUGAUGGCGCUUGCGGGGGCAGGAGGAGGGUAUGCACGACGGCGCAGCUGGAGAGGGACUACGAGCAGCUGGUGGCGGGGUCCCGGUCGCGGCGGUGGAAGCCGGAGCUCGAGGCAAUCAAGGAGAGGUCGGAGAAGAGGCGGGGAUUGAUAUCGAAAUCCUUCGGGAUCAGGCGGAGGAAGAAUUCCCAGCCCAAUCAUCAUCUCCGGUCGGAGACUUCUUCGAAGAAAUCGUUGCCGCCGUCGAAGUCAAGAUUAAGGAUGAGAUCAAGAAAAUGACAAUCAGUGACUGUGUCUUUCUUUUUUUUUUAGAGUUAUUUUUUUGGGAAAGAUUGAAAUUGGGCCUUCCCAAAUUUGCCCCUGUUAAACAAGCUUGACAAUAUACAUAGUUAAAGGAAAAUCAAGAUUACUAUAUAUUUACGAUUUCAAGGGAAAAAAAAAGAAUCUAAUUAUUGACAAUUAUUAAUCCGAUGGUAAGAGAGAAGUCGAUUGGAAGAAA